AUGGCGGAGCAGGAGAUGCCCAUGAGCAAGGAUGCUCCAACGAACCCGAGAGGCAUACCACAGGCUCCCUUCGUAGAAAACGUGUCAGAAUGGGUAUCAACCCGGGCGGACGUCGAAGGCGUCCUCAAGAACUUCCAGGAGAUGAUCUCGAAGUACCAAUUCAUGCAAGUCAACACCGAGCGACGCCUCUCUGGCCUGAAGGACAAAGUCCCCGACAUCCAGAAGACUCUAGACACGGUCAAGUUCCUCGAACGACGAAAGCCAGAUGCGGAACCCCUAGAAGCAACCUUCGAGCUCAACGACACGCUGUAUGCCAAGGCCAACAUCGAGGAGACGAGUGAAGUGUACCUAUGGCUUGGAGCAAACGUGAUGCUCUCCUACCCGCUCGCCGAAGCCGAGACGCUGCUCGAGUCGAAGCUGGGGACCGCCAAGUCGAGCAUGAGCAAUUGCGAGGAGGAUUUGGAUUUCUUGAGGGAGCAGAUCACGACUAUGGAGGUGGCCACCGCACGAGUCUACAACUGGGACAUCGGCGAGCGGCGGAAGGAGAAGGGCGAUGGCAAGGGCGGCGGGGACGAGGAAGAUGUGCAGCCGAAUGGAUGA